AUGCUUGCCCCCUGCAGAGCAACACGAAGGAUCUGUUUGGGAGAAGCCUUCAGUGCACCUGCGGGUUCCACAAGCCAGCACAUCUGUCAUCAGGCACUGGGUCCAGUGCUGCUGGGUCCAGUGGUGCUGCUGCGUCCACUGCUGCUGGGUCCAGUGGUGCUGCUGCGUCCAGUGCUGCUGGUUCCAGUCGGGCUGGGUCCAGUGCUGCUGGGUCCAGUGGUGCUGCUGCGUCCAGUGGUGCUGCUGCGUCCAGUGCUGCUGGGUCCAGUCGGGCUGGGACCAGUGCUGCUGCUGGGUCUAGUGGUGCUGGAGUGCAGUGCUUCCAGUGCAAGCAGCUUGUGGAUGGAGAGCACUUUUCACAGCAUCUGCUUGACCAUCACACGGAGGAGACCUGUGACAGCUGCGGGGCCAAGCACCAACACCAUCUCCAACACCAUCACCAGCGCCAUCACCAGCACCAUCUCCGCUCCCCUCAUGCCGUUCUGCCAUGCCACCCCACACUCCGUUCAAAGCACCAUCCAUUAA